GCUUGGAGCUGCUUGGAUAGACUACUCAACUCAUUCAGAGAUUAAUGAAUGAAAAAAUCUUCGAUUGCAACCUGAUUCACUUUUUGGGAUUAUAUAGAGAAUACGCCUAAUGACGCCCUAUUUUAUCCAGCUAUAUAUAUGGAUUUCAAUGGCAUCCAAAUAGGAGCCAGCGCGAUUUCCUGUUAGUCCAAUCUAGCUGCGAUGUGUUGAAUUCCGUAAUGAAGUCAGCACAUGUCACUAUUGUAAAUUACGGAACGCAAUGGUUCUGCUGUGGUCGAUUUACUCGCCGCGGUAGUUUGUAGGCGCAUCACCAAAGCGCUCAACUGAGGAUCCCCGUCACUGACUAGUGCAAUUUCUGUCCACCGGCUAUAUUACCACAAGAACAUAUAAAGUAUUUUCGAUUUUUUUAUUGGCAAUUUUGUGGAACGAGGCAGUAGGACAGUAUUAUUUUGGUGGAAAGUGAACAAAACUAAAGGGAUGACUGAACACUUGUAAAGAAGCGGUUGACACCUAAGCAUGGCUCUUACGGGGAAUGAGACCUCAGCUUGCCCCGAUUAUGUCCCCCAUUACCUCCUGGUGGGUGAUCCAUUUGCCUCCAAGCUGUCUAAGGAGGCUGACAUCGUGGCUGCCUUCUACAUCUGCAUCAUAGGGAUCCUGUCUGCCACAGGAAAUGGCUAUGUUAUAUACAUGACCAUCAAACGCAAGACAAAGCUAAGGCCGCCUGAGCUCAUGACAGUUAACUUAGCCAUCUUUGACUUUGGCAUAUCAGUCACAGGGAAACCGUUCUUUGUGGCGUCCAGUUUCUCCCACCGCUGGCUGUUUGGCUGGGAGGGCUGUCGUUUCUAUGGCUGGGCUGGCUUCUUCUUCGGUGUUGGCAGCCUCAUCACCAUGACUGUAGUUAGCCUAGACCGAUACCUCAAGAUCUGUCAUCUCAGAUACGGUACGUGGCUGAUGAGGCACCAUGCCUUCCUGUGUCUGGUGUUUGUCUGGCUCUACGCAGGCUUCUGGGCCACCAUGCCCCUGGUGGGCUGGGGCAGCUACGCUCCAGAGCCGUUUGGCACCUCCUGUACCCUGGACUGGUGGCUGGCCCAGACCUCCGUGGCGGGCCAGAGCUUCGUCAUGGCCAUCCUCUUCUUCUGCCUUAUCUUCCCCACCGGCAUCAUCGUCUUCUCCUAUGUUAUGAUAAUCUUCAAGGUCAACUCCUCAGCUAAAGAGAUCUCCCACUUUGACACCAGGAACAAGAACAGCCAUAGCCUGGAGUUGAAACUGACCAAGGUGGCGAUGUUGAUCUGUGCUGGUUUCUUGAUAGCGUGGAUCCCAUAUGCAGUGGUCUCAGUGGUGUCUGCGUUUGGCGAGCCCGACUCAGUGCCUAUCUCUGUCUCUGUGAUCCCCACUCUGCUGGCUAAGUCCUCUGCCAUGUACAACCCCAUCAUCUACCAAGUUAUUAACCUGAAACGCUCCUGUGCAAAAUCCUCCUGUUUCCAAGUCCUGAAGAAGUGUAGACAUUUUAAAAAGUCAAGGUUUUACACCAUUUCUGGCUCACUUAAAGACAGACCAUCCGUAAAAGAGUCUCACAGUGAAAUGUGAGAAAAAGACAGUGAUUCUCUCCUGUGAAAUGACUCUUGGUCCUUCCCCUUACCAGUCCAAUCACAACCCUGCUAUCAACUGCUAAGACAUUGACCACUGCUCACCACCCAGACCUACGCAACCCAGUCUUGCUGUAUCUAUGUUCCUGCUCCAAACAGCUCUCUGUACUCUCCUACCUCAUGUCCCUCUCUGUGUUUACAGCUCAAGGCUGUGACCAAGAUGUUUUUUUUUACACUUUAUACAGAUGAUUUUGUAUUGUGUACUCGUGCACCUGUAACUUGCAUAGUUUGAAGAUAUUUCAACUUUUAUGUGCACCUGUAAGAUCUAAAGCGCUGUUCAGAAAGAGGUAUGAUAUACUCUAAAGAGAGCUGGAGGGACUGUGGUGUUAGCGUUUAGCGUUGUCCCCUGCUUCAGGCAGGGCUGACUGUAGAAAAAAAAGUAGACUACGAGAACACUCUCAGAAGUUGCCUUGUGGCCUGUCUCAAUGUGAGUUAAAGAUGGAAUACACAGUAGGGGAAACAGUAGGGAAAUUCUUUAAAAAAAAAGAAUAACGAUAGCUUUGACAGCUUCGCUGUGAGCCCCUGAUAACAACGGCCUUGGGCGGACAGUGUCGCUGUUUCCCCUACUGUGUAUUCCAUCUUUAACUCACAUUGAGACAGGCCACAAGGCAACUUCUGAGAGUGUUCUUGUAGUCUACUCAAGAGCUGGAACUCUGAUUAAAGUGUUUACAUGUUCUAAUAAAUCGAAAGAUUGCUCAGAAGUCCAAGUGUUUUAAUCAGUUCAUGCUUACUUCAAUUAUGACCCUACGCCAAUUAAGAUAAGCAGAGUAAGGUGUUUACAUGAUAAUGCCUUACUCUGCCUACUGCCGUAAUCAGUUUAAUAUCACAUUUAUUAGUGUGCAUAUAAACAUCCUAAUUUAAUCAUUCACAAUAAUGUUUAUCAAAAGUAUUUUGCAUGAUACUGUGUGCGCUUGUGUAUGUGGUCCAGGCAUUGAGUUAUGUGCAAGAAAACAAUCUUUAGAAAAACAUCAAAAUAUUCAGUGGAAAUAAUUAUCUUAUUGGUUAUUAUAAAAUGUCAGACUCUCAAUUUUUGUUCUUUGAACUCUUCAUCUCUACUCUAACUGAGAUUGUCAGCAUUCACCACACUGUAAAAACAAAAGUAUGGCUGUGUUGGGAUGUCCUGUCAAGGCCUGAAACAUCCACAGACAGUGGGUGAAAGCGGUUGAUGUGUUGAGAGGACCAGGUCUCACUGACCUCUUCAGAACAAUGGAAAGGCAGAAGGCUCAACACACCUGCUCUCAGCCCAAGGGCCUAACAUUGGCAAGAGGCAUCAACAAUAUUUAUUUGACAGUAUUUAUUCAAACGCAAUAUCUCCUCUUUCAGUAUCUUAGUAGAGUUGUGUUUUUGUUGUUUGUAUUCGUUUCAGUUUGUACUCUCACUGUUUUGCUGAUCAUCUGAUUUUAUUUGUUUAUUAUGUUACAUUUUGAAUGAUAGUAUUAGGAAAGUUGAGUGAUGUCACAUGUUCUAUAAUGUUACGUAAUUUUCUUAAAUGUUUGAGAUGUUAAUCUGUAAAAAAUACAUGUCAACCAAGAGGUUCACAUUGAUGUCAAAGAGGUAAUACGUAUAUUUGCAUAUUUCCCAUAGAGUGAACUGUAAUGCUUACCUGUUAUCACAUCUUGUUAACGCACAAAAAUGAAUGAGGAAGGAGAUAGCUAACAUGUCGUUAUUUGAUCUCAGGUAUAGGUCAAUUUCUUUCCUUAGUGGGUUCUCUGUCCGUCUUCACUUCACAGUAUUAGUCUCGUCACUUUAUCUGCCUCUGUUUUAAUGAGGAUGCCCUACUGUACUUUAACAGGGUUUGAUUGUGUCUCAGGAAAGAAGGCUCUAAUUCAUUGUAUUUUCCAAACAAAAUAUUGGAUGUUUUAUCAUGAAGGACAUCGUCUGAAGCAGCAAGGAUAGUGGUCCAGGAGGAAUAUGUAAUAUUGCUUAUUGUCAUACUCUUUGUGUUUCCUAUGAGCAUGUGUAAUUUUACUACUUUCAUACUACCUGUAGUAGGCUUUCAAGAACCAUAUGUUGCACCUUAUACUUCAUUCUUUAUGAGGAAUGAGCUUUUGUUCCUUUAUUUUGUAAAGAAAAGUACAGCAUUCGAUAGCAAAUCUGUUGUGUUGAAUAAAGAUAUAAGUGCAAAGAAA